CGUGGAGUUUUGUAGGAAAAACUCUGCAUUGGCUGCAGGGCUGCUGGAUCCCUGUUCUUCGUUACUCUGGGGAAGAGAAGCAGAAGGAAUAUAAAGUCACUGUCAGAUCUCUCUGGACUGUUUGCUGCUGGAAAUUUAGAAACGUCACAGAGUACUUGGCCCUGCAGAAAAAAAUUGCGAUAUGCUGGACGAUGGCUCUUUCAUGUUCACUUCGGAGUCCGUAGGAGAGGGACAUCCAGACAAGAUCUGUGACCAGAUCAGUGAUGCAGUUCUGGAUGCACACCUGAAGCAGGACCCUGAUGCAAAAGUGGCCUGUGAGACGGUAUGUAAGACCGGCAUGGUAUUGCUCUGUGGUGAGAUCACAUCUCGGGCCAAUGUGGACUAUCAGAAGGUGGUGAGGGACACCAUCAAAUACAUCGGCUACGACAACUCUGAGAAAGGUUUUGACUAUAAGACUUGUAAUGUGCUGGUGGCUCUGGAGCAGCAGAGUCCAGACAUUGCUCAGGGCGUCCAUGUUGACAGACAGGAGGAGGACAUUGGAGCUGGAGACCAGGGUUUAAUGUUUGGCUACGCCACAGAUGAAACAGAGGAGUGUAUGCCUCUUACCAUCGUCUUAGCUCACAAACUCAAUGCAAAGAUGGCUGAACUCAGACGCAACGGCACUGUCCCCUGGCUGCGUCCUGACUCUAAAACACAGGUGACAGUGCAUUAUGACCAGAAGGAUGGCGCUGUAAUCCCAAAGAGGGUUCACACCAUCGUGAUCUCUGUCCAGCACGACGAUGGCGUUUCGCUGGAGGAUCAGCAGAGGAUCCUGAAGGAGAAGGUGAUCAAAGCUGUGGUCCCUGCUAAAUAUUUGGAUGACAAAACCGUCUACCACCUCCAGCCCAGUGGGCGCUUUGUCAUUGGAGGACCGCAGGGAGACGCUGGUGUGACAGGCAGGAAGAUUAUUGUAGACACAUAUGGAGGUUGGGGGGCUCAUGGCGGCGGAGCUUUCUCUGGCAAAGACUUCUCAAAAGUCGACCGCUCAGCUGCUUACGCUGCUCGCUGGGUGGCCAAAUCUCUAGUGGAGGCCAAACUGUGUAGGAGAGUUCUGGUUCAAGUGUCAUAUGCGAUUGGAGUGGCCAAGCCUCUGUCCAUCUCUUUGUUCACAUACAGUUCCUCCCAGAAAACAGAGGCAGAACUGCUCAAGAUUGUCAACAAGAACUUUGAUCUGCGGCCAGGAGUCAUUGUCAGGGAUCUGCAGCUGAAGAGGCCGAUCUACCAGCAGACGGCCUCUUACGGCCACUUUGGGCGAGCAGAGUUUUCAUGGGAGGUGCCAAAAAAGCUUGUCUUCUAAAACCAUUCCACCUGGCUGCUGUGUUCAACCUCACCUGAAGAACAAGACGUCUCUUGGUGGCCAGCAACUUCCAUCCCCAUCAACUGAUAAGACAUAUUUAAUAGAGUGAACUAAAGCCAAAGUAAGAGACAUAAGACAGCUUUAAAGAUGUGACAAGAUAAUUAGAAUGGUUGUUGUUAGUGGACAUUUAAUGGGAGGUUCUUCUAAAAGAAGAGAGAUGUUGCAGGUGUUUUUUGUUUUCUUUUUUUAACCCCUGUUUUCCCUUAAAACUCUAACAUUCAGUAUUUGGUGCUUUAAAACUUAGGUGCAGUUGCAAGGCAAAUAUCUUCCCUGAUAAAGGUACACCAUGGU